UGUUCAGACUAUGACUUAUGCCAAAGAAUAUCAGGACAAAGGCAACACCCUGAUUCAGGGCAGGUAUAUCAGAGGAACCAGUGGGAUCCUAACGUUACUGAAAAGCAUAAGAAAGAGAAAGAUAAGCAUGAAGACGAGAAUGAAGAAGAUGAAGAGCAGCAAGAAGAGACUGCAGAAGAUCCACUUAUGAUGUCAGAAUUUUUGCAUCAAUUAGUGCAGAGACCUGAAGAUAUGCUUGAAAAUGCAGAAGAAAGAGUUGGAACAUAUAAGGAUAUAAUGCUUCAUCCUUUAGAAGACUUGAUGGCUGAACAGGAUUGUCAAUAUCUUAUUGAACUGGAUGGCAAUCAGCAACCAGAUGAUCUCUUUGUAUCAGUGGUAGUUCGACUUCAAUCUCUGGGUGUUCGAAAUGGAGCUCCUAUAACUAGACUUCAAAGUCAGCAAGAAGAAAUGCUGGAGGGACUGGAAAAUGAUGAACUUUUCCGGGUUCUGUCAUCUUACAAACUAAUAGCACACAGAUAUCGAUGGCGUAGAAGCAGGUGGGGACAAGCAUGUCCUGUGGCUCUAAAGGAAGGUGAUAUUGUAAUGGGAAACCCAGACUUGGCUGUCAGUUUUCUAGGUAAAAUGUACCUACUGUCAUCCCCAGAGGCAUUGAAAACAUUCAUGUCGAAUCCACGGCCUUACCUGUUACCACCAAUGCCACUUCCUCCUUGUAAAGUACUAGUAUUUGGUCCUCCAUUCUCUGGAAGAACAACUAUUUGUAACCUAAUUGCAGACAAAUAUAAAGGAAAGGUUCUUGAUAUGGCCAAACUCAUUCAACCCCAUAUAGAAGAAUUAAGAAAAGAAAACAUUGAGCAAGUGCAAAAGGAUGCAGUAGAAAAGGCUAUAACAGCAGUGAAAAAUAGGUUGGAAUUAGAAAACCAGUCAAGAGAACCAGGAGACUUGCAAGAACGUAGUAGUGCCAAAGCAGCAGAUGAUUCUGAAGAAACCACUCAAACCAGAGAGGGAAUAAACUUGGAAGAAGGGAAUACUAUAAAAUCUGCCAUCAUCCAAAAAAGAAUGUCAGAGAUAACUGCUGACCACCCAGAAGUUCAAGCGAUGGUAGAAGAAGCCAUAAAAAGUGCAUCAGUCUCCGAAGUUACACUGUCACCUGGAAUAUAUGCUGAAGUACUGGAGAAAGCUAUUGCAGAGCUUAUGAAGAAGAACAAAGACAGGUUUCCUGGUGCUCCAGAAAAAGGAGGAUGGGUAGUGGAUAACUACCCUCUGUCAGUAGAUCACUGGUCAGCUUUAUCAGAAAAAGGACUUUUACCUGACACUGUUGUCUGUCUGAAGAAUACAGAAAAAGAUGGAGUCUGUAUACUGCACAGAGCAUACUUAGCAAAUAAGGAUGAAAUUAAUUCUAAGAUUUUGAAAAGACUAACAGAUGAAGCAUUAGAAAAGAAAGAAGAAGAAGUAAGAAGAGAAAUGCAAGAAAUACUGACAUCAGAGGAAGAUCAAUCUCUAGAGGCUGCUGAGGAGAAAGGUGAAAAAUUUGAGGACGAUGAUGAGCAGCUUCCACCUGAAACUGAACAAAUGCCCCAGAAACAGUCCAGUGACUCUGCAGGUUAUAAAGAAGAAUCUAAACCUACAG